UUCCGGUUGCGGUGGUUAACUGAUAGUCGGUUGCUAAGGGGGAAGCUACUUUUAAAAGGUUACUACGUCUUUUCUGUAUACAGCCUCGUCGCAUUUGACGGACGUUAUCUGCCAGGAGCUUGGUGUUUAAGGUGGGGUGUCGGUGGGAGUGUUAAAUGUAACUUAAGGUCGUCUGAAAAGAAACCCUCCCAUAAACGACUCAGGCUCGUCGUGCGUGGCCACUGGUAAGCUAGCGAAGAGGAGGGUGGGGACAAAACUUAAAAAAGACCUCGCCCCAGUCGUUGUUUCACUCCAUCAUACAGGCAGCUUAUCUGUGCUCGGCGUGAGAGACCCCUCACAGUUUAAUUAGACAACCAUUCAAGGGGAGACCGGCACAGCUGUGUCAACUGAAGGUUAAAAACCAGCAACCAUGUUCAGGAAGACCUUGAAGAAGGACCCAGAGCUUUUCCAGAACGUCUCGGAGGGGCUGCGGAAGCUUUACCGAACCAAACUGUUCCCGCUGGAGGACACGUAUCGAUUUCACGACUUCCACUCCCCGGCGCUAGAAGAUGCCGACUUCGACAACAAGCCCAUGGUGCUCCUGGUUGGGCAGUACUCCACCGGUAAGACCACCUUCAUCCGGCACCUUAUGGAGCAGGACUUCCCCGGUAUGCGCAUUGGCCCCGAGCCCACCACUGACUCUUUCAUCGCGGUGAUGCACGGGGAGCAGGACGGGGUGAUCCCGGGUAAUGCCCUGGUGGUGGACCCCAAGAAGCCCUUUCGUAAACUCAACGCUUUUGGAAAUGCCUUUCUCAACAGAUUCAUGUGUGCCCAGAUGCCCAACCCUGUCCUGGAAAGCAUCAGCAUCAUUGACACUCCUGGAAUCCUGUCUGGAGAAAAACAAAGGAUAAGCAGAGGUUACGACUUUGCCGCCGUGCUCGAGUGGUUCGCCGAGCGCGUGGACCGCAUCAUCCUCCUGUUCGACGCCCACAAGCUGGACAUCUCCGACGAGUUCUCCGAGGUGAUCCGAGCUCUCAAGAACCACGAGGACAAGAUGCGCGUGGUGUUGAACAAGGCGGAUCAGAUCAGCACUCAGCAGCUGAUGAGGGUCUAUGGAGCGCUGAUGUGGUCAUUGGGAAAAAUCAUCAACACACCCGAGGUGGUCCGUGUGUACAUCGGGUCAUUCUGGGCUCAGCCGCUGCUGGUCCCUGAUAACAGGAAGCUGUUUGAGGCGGAGGAGCAGGACUUGUUCUUGGACAUCCAGUCUUUGCCACGAAACGCUGCUCUGCGCAAACUUAACGACCUCAUCAAAAGGGCACGCCUUGCUAAGGUGCAAGCCUACAUCAUCAGCUCCCUGAAGAAGGAGAUGCCCAGUGUGUUCGGAAAGGAAGCCAAGAAGAAGGAGCUGAUCUCUAACUUGGGAGAGAUCUACCAAAAAAUCGAGAAGGAGCACCAGAUCUCACCUGGAGACUUCCCCAAGCUUGAAAAGAUGCAGGAGCUGCUGAAUGGUCAAGACUUCACCAAAUUUUCAGCACUAAAGCCCAAACUGCUAGAGACAGUGGAGGACAUGCUUGCCAAUGACAUUGCCCGUCUAAUGUCAAUGGUGCGUCAGGAGGAAUCGGCUAUGCCGAGCCAGACCGUCAAGGGUGGAGCCUUUGAGGGAACCAUGAGCGGUCCUUUUGGCCAUGGCUACGGCGAGGGUGCCAGCGAAGGUAUCGACGAGCUGGAGUGGGUGGUGGUUCGUGAUAAGCCCACAUACGACGAGAUCUUCUACACUCUCUCUCCCAUCAACGGCAAAGUGUCAGGGGCCGCUGCCAAGAAGGAGAUGCUGAAGUCUAAGCUGCCCAACACGGUCCUAGGAAAGAUCUGGAAGCUGGCCGACGUGGAUAAAGAUGGCUUCCUCGACGAUGAGGAGUUUGCUCUGGCCAACCACUUGAUCAAGGUGAAGCUGGAGGGCCACGAGCUGCCUGCUUCGCUACCCGAGCACCUCGUGCCCCCGUCCAAACGCGGGACUGUGAUGCAAGCUUAAGGCUGCGGAAUGGAGGUCGCCCACGUCAACACUCAUGUUCAGGACUCUCAUUGCCAAAAGUUAAACCAUGAGCAUGAACAGCUUCGUCCUCCAUCAUGCUGCGAGUCCCCUAGGCUUCCUGAAACACCGGGAUGAGGCAGCGCCACAAUGUUCUUCACCAGGGAGAGACUGGAGUGUUUCUGGGGGGGGGGGGAAUAUUCAGAUUUAUAUGUUAUAUGUGGGGGGGGGGGUUCUACAAGAUAAUGAAAGGACUAAAUGGGUUAAUGGAGUGAUGGGCCUGAACGUGACUUUAUGAAUCCUGUGUAAACACAUCUUACAAGUAUACAGUCCUUAUUAUAAUAAGUUGAUCCAAAGACAUAUAGUUUGUUUUUCCAUUUGGAGAGAAAGAAAGAGGAAAUGAAUUAAAGCAACUGUUAGUUACUUUAUAUUUUUGUAUUUCCUGACUGUUAACUUUGAAUCUUUAGAUCUUUGAAUCCAACUGUUUCUCUUUUUAUUUUGGCAGGUGAAUGAAAAGGAGUUCUGUACUGUGAGACUUUUGCUUUCUGAAGACACAAUGAUCGACAGUGUGUCAGAUGAAAGUCUUAUUCAAAGCCUUUAAAACUAAUAGUUAUUAAAAAUAAAUACAUAUUUGCUGAAUAAACCUGAA